GCAGACUAGGGAGCGGGUCCCAGUGGGGAGGCCAGGGAGGAAACCGGGAGUCCAAGCUGGGCCUGGUAAUUCUGAGGAGGGAACCGGAGCCGAGCCCACGGCAACCAGACACUUGGAUCUGACUCUUCCCUUUUCCAUAAGAAGGGCUCAAAAGAGAAGGUUCAUCUCUUGCAAAUCUCAAAGCCAUGCCUCAGGAUGAACUAGAGUCUGCCCUUGCAGGGAUCAGUGUCAUUCAAGGAUGUGACUGUGGACUUCACCCAGGAGGAGUGGCAGCAGCUGGAUCCUGCUCAGAAGACCCUCUACAGGGAUGUCAUGUUGGAAAAUUAUUGCCACCUCAUCUCUGUUGGGUUUCACAUGACUAAGCCUGAUAUGAUCCGUAAGUUGGAACAAGGAGAAGAACUAUGGACAACAGAGAGAAUUUUUCCAAGUCAGAGCUACCUUGAAGAAGAUGGGAAAGCUGAAGAUGUUUUAGUGAAGUUCAAAGAAUACCAAGACAGGCAUUCUAGAUCAGUCAUAUUCAACCACAAAAGACUAAUUAAGGAAAGAAGUAAUAUUUUUGGGAAAACACUUACUAUAGGCAAAAACCGUAUUAUUUCAAAAACAGCACUAUGUGAAUAUAAGCCUGAUGGAAAGGUUUUUAAAAAUAUUUCAGAAUUAGUCAGUAGAAAUAUAAGCCCUGGAAGAGAGAAGUUUGGUGAGAGUAAUGGAUGGGAGAAAUCACUCCUCAAUUCUAAGAAUGAGAAAAUUCAUACUACAGUGAAUCUCUAUAAACAAACAGAAAGGAGUGUGAGUGGUAAACAAGAGCUUAUUCAACAUCAGAAGGAUCAAACUCCAGAGCAAUCAUUAGAUCAUAAUGAAUGUGAAAAAUCCUUCCUUAUGAAAGGAAUGUUAUUUACACAUACUAGGGCUCACAGAGGAGAAAAAUCCCUUGAAUACAAUAAAGAUGGAAUAGCCCUAAUUGAAAAGUCAAAUCUCAGUGUCCAUUCACAAACUCUUAUUGAGAAGAAACCCCAUACAUACAGCAAAUAUGGGAAGUUCCUCUGCAGGAAGUCCAUUUUUAUCAUGCAUCAGAGAUCUCAAACAGAAGAGAAACCCUUUCAUUGUCCUUACUGUGGGAACAGCUUUAGAAGGAAGUCAUAUCUCAUUGAACAUCAACGAAUUCACACAGGUGAGAAACCUUAUGUUUGCAAUCAAUGUGGAAAAGCCUUCCGUCAAAAAACAGCCCUCACUCUUCAUGAGAAAACACAUAUAGAGGGGAAACCCUAUAUCUGUAUGGAUUGUGGGAAGUCCUUCCGCCAGAAAGCAACUCUCACUAGACAUCACAAAACACAUACAGGGGAGAAAGCCUAUGAAUGUACUCAGUGUGGAAGUGCUUUUAGAAAGAAGUCAUACCUCAUUGAUCAUCAGAGAACUCACACAGGAGAGAAACCAUAUCAAUGUAAUGAAUGUGGGAAGGCAUUUAUCCAGAAGACAACCCUCACUGUACAUCAGAGAACUCACACAGGAGAGAAACCCUAUAUUUGCAAUGAAUGUGGGAAGUCCUUCUGCCAAAAGACAACCCUCACUCUCCAUCAAAGAAUUCAUACAGGGGAAAAACCCUACAUUUGUAAUGAAUGUGGGAAGUCCUUCCGCCAGAAGGCAAUCCUCACUGUUCAUCAGAGGAUACAUACAGGAGAGAAAUCCAAUGGAUGUCCUCAGUGUGGGAAAGCCUUUAGUAGGAAAUCAAACCUCAUUCGCCACCAGAAAACUCACACAGGAGAGAAACCAUAUGAAUGUAAAGAAUGUGGGAAGUUCUUCAGUUGUAAGUCAAACCUCAUUGUACAUCAGAAAACUCACAAGGUAGAAACCAUGGGAAUUCAGUAAAGGAUACGACUUUUUUGUCAAACCUUAAAUAGUAAACUUUAAAUAAAAUAGUACAUGGUGUUGCUUGCAAGUAUAUUGGUAUAUAACAGUUUAAGGUACUAUACCACAUAUUUGCCUAUUGUUUGUGAGCCUAUAAAACACAAAAAGAAUGACUAAUGACAAAAGUCAUUGAAAAUACAACCCGAAAUUUUUUAUUAUUAGAUUCACCAGGCAUAAACUUCCUCUGUCAAGUUUCUACAAACAUUUAAAAUUGCUUAUUUUCAAUUUCAGUACAUAUAUUCUUGUGACCCAGUAAUAAACAGUUCUGCCAGUGGUCCAUGGACCACACUGUGAUCAGAAGUGUUUUAAAAGAAAGGAAGUGUGAACUGUAUUUCUCAUUGCAAAUAUGAAGUAAAAAUUAGUUGUUACUUCCUCAAAAUUUACCACAGUUAUGACUUCUAACAUUACAAAUUAGGUUUUGCAUAUUAUGAACCUUUAUAUAAAUUGGAUUAUACAUCAUGUAUUCUCUUUAUAUAAAUUGGAUUAUACAUCGUAUAUUCUGUAUAUGGCUUGUUUCAUUCCUCAUUAUGUCUCUAAAACUCAUCAUUAGUGCAUGUGGCAGAAGUUCAUUUAUUUCCAUUCUAUAUAGAAUUCCAUCAUAUGAUUAAAUUACAGUUUAUCCAACUACUGCUGUGGACUUUUUCAUUGUUUACAGCUUAGGAUCAUAAUAAAUAGUGCUUCUGUGAACAUA